AACAGAAUAACAUUACAGAGCAGUGUCCCCGCAGCUUCGGUGAUGACGCGCCGCCGGUGUCCGCGCUAACACAAACAUCGCACAAUCUACCAGUUUACGAUGAGAUUUACUAAAUAGUCGACACACUCGCGAGUUAUGGAGUCUUUACAGAACGACGUGUCCAAAUUACCGCAGAUGGUCAUGUGCGGUGACCACCCGUCGGUAACGAAAGCGGACACGGCGAAAGACGACAAGGAGAAGGACAAACCGAAGGAAAAGCCGCCUAUGUCCUACGCCAGGAUCUCGCCCACGUCAUCGGCGACCGAGCGCACCGCGCGUCCUUGCUUGCGCGCGUCGUCGGAGCACGCAGUACAGCGACGCGUGGACGCGCGGCGUCGCGUGCUGUCGGCCGACAUCGUGGGCCGCGCUGAGCUGGAGCCCGCCGCGCCUCCCGACCGCUCGCUCGUACAAGCAGCUCUGGGCAGCUUCCGCUGGCCGCCGUACCUGCUGUGCGUGUGGGUGCUCGUGCUGCUGCUGACACACGCCCUGCACGCCCUGGUGGCCGUGCUAGAACACACUCUGCCUACUCUCAAAAAGUUCUGCCAAUACUUCCGCACGUGGACGGAACAGUCGUGGCGCGCGGACAAGGCGGACAAGAGUCAGCGCGCGUGGGCGGCGUCGCUGGCGGCGCUGACGGCGCUGCUGUACGCGCUGUACUGCGCCGUGUACAGCGCGCACUGCGUCUGCGUGUGGGCCGUUGAGCCGCUGUGCGCCGAGCUCGACGACGACUCCCGCCUCACCGAAUACGCGGCCGAGGGAAGCAACACCAGCAUCAAACAGUGACGCUUUAGGACCGAUUGCAAACAAAUUCGCUGCUAAUAAAAUAUUUACAACUUUC